GUUUCCUUGGUCGUGACGAACCAACUUCAUGUUCCUCUUAAAACAUACUUAACAUAAAACAUCGAAAGUGUUAAAUAACCUCCAAAAAUACAAACGAACCCAUUUAAAAAUGAACCUCAAAAAGAUCAAGAUAAAAAGAAAUAUUAAAAAUCAAGCAAACUAAAACAAUAACCUUAAAAUGUAAACGAAUUAAAAUAAUUGUUGGAAGCAUAUCAUUCUAUAAGAGAAAAACAUAGUUCUAGAAGAGAGUACCUACAGUAGUAUUUUUGAUACAGUUAUUUGGGGCCAUUAUACAAAAAUACAGUUAUUUUUAGACGAAUAGCUAAGUAUAACCUUAGAUUGUUGAUGUUAUACCUUUUAUAUAUAGUUGUUAGAUGUUUGUGCUCAAUUAGAUGAAUAAGUGUCUAUAUAUGUUUAAACUUUUUGGGGCCACGAAAAAUGACAGUACGUCUUAACAAAUUCAUAUACCGUUAAUAUCUAUUUUUCCACUUCUGAACAUCUCAAAUUGGUCCUCAAAAGUAAAUUGAAUAAAAUUAGUUUGUAUUUAUAUAGAAUUCGAUGUUUUUCAAUGUCUAGUAUGUGUUUUAACGUGUUAUUUUAAACUUUCUGUAUUUCUUCGGAUCCGCGAAAAAAUAUUUUCCAAUCGGUUGGUUUGGUAUGGCAAGUUCGGUACCACAAGCCGGCAAACCAGUGAUAGCGACCAUAAGUACUGCAAACGGCCUACCAGAAGGAGAAAUGGAUGCAUUGUUAUUGGGAAGAACGAGGGAGCUUGUAGUCAGUUCCCCGAACGAGAGAAACUGGAGGGGAAUAUUUAUCGCCUUACUAGUCAUUGUCGCUGUAUUAGGCCUAAUUGUCUUCAGUAUAGUAUUAGUCUCACCUCCUGAAGAAGGACCUAGGACAAAGGGUAUCAAACCAUCACUUGAGGAUAUCUUCCUUAAGCUACCACCACCUGCCAAAUUCAAUGGAACUUGGAUAUCAGAUUCCGAAUUUAUUUACAAGGAUGAACAUGGAGGCGUUACACUUUUCGAUGCAGAUAACUUAACAGCGACUACUGUUAUGACGAAUAUGACGUUUAUACAGUAUGCUGUAGCUGAUUUCAAGAUUUCUAACAAUCUGAAAUACAUUCUUCUUAUUAGUGAAGUUAAAACAGUCUUCAAAUAUACAACUUUAGCCAAAUAUCAUAUCUACGAAAUUGCAACAAGAUUACGUAGGCCGUUAUCUCCAACGGAACUUGACGAAAAUGCGCCGUUCUUACAAUAUGCCACAUGGUCGCCAGACGGCACUGCGAUUGCCUUCAUUCAUAACAACGACAUUUAUUACAAACCUAAAGUAGAGAAAGAUUUAAUUUGUCGAAUAACUUAUACAGGUCAAUCCGAUAUUAUUUUCAAUGGUAUACCCGACUGGCUAUACGAAAAUUAUAUUUUAAAGACUUCACACGCUUUAUGGUUCUCAGCAGACGGUAUUUAUUUGUUGUAUGUUACGUUCAAUGAUACCAACGUCGGAGAAUAUAAAUAUCCCUGGUACGACACUCACGAAAAUCAACAAACUUUAUAUCCGAAGAUCAAGUCUUUUAGGUAUCCCAGGGUGGAGACGCAAAAUCCGGAGGUUUCCGUUUGGAUAGUGAAUCUAACAACUGUGAAAUAUUUGUUUCCCCUCGAGUUGAAACCGACCAACAGUGUAGAGAAUGACAGUUAUGUAACCAGCGUAAGUUUUCACGGAGAGAAUAAUGUGGGAAUCGUAUGGUUGAACAGAUCUCAGAAUAAAUACGUCAUUGUUACCUGUAGAUCACAAAAUAAUUACAAUUGUUCGAAUUUUCACAUUGAAAAAGAACAUAUUGGCUGGACAGAACCCAUAUUUCAUCCAGUUUUCAAUUGGAACGGUACUAAGGUCUUAGUUCGACUUCCAGUGAAAGAUGGCGAUAAUGGUCACUUCAUGCACGCUUGCGAAAUUUCAAAUAGUAGAGUUCGACCUCUCACACACGGAGCUUUCGAAAUAACGAGGAUAUUAGCUUGGGAUGAAGAAAAUUCAAAUAUAUAUGCUCUUGGAACUCUCGAAAACGCACCAGGGGUUCGUCACCUCCUUCGCAUAACGGAUCAAAAUUCUCCUCAAUGGUUCUGUUUAACUUGCAGCCCUGAAGUUGAUUUAAAUAGUACAUUCUCCGAACCGCAAAACGAAACAACUAUAAACAAUAGUUUGUGGCUAGAUUAUCCUUGUGAAUACAACAAUGUAAUAUUUAGUAAAAAUUACAAAUACUACAUUCAAGAAUGUCUAGGACCGGAAAUUCCAAUCGUACUUUUAGUUAAAACUUCCACAAAUUCGAGAAGAGUUAUCCUAGAUACUAGUUUCAAACUUAGGAAAAAAGUUCGAAAGUUAUCACCGCCUCAAAUAAAAACUUUUUCAGUUGAAAUUGAGUAUGGAUUUAAGGCUCAAGUUAGAUUAUAUUUACCUGGAAUACUAAGGGAAUACGAAGAUAUCACUUUUCCCAUAGUUUUACUAGUAGAUGCUGCACCUUCUUCCCAAACAGUUUCUUCCAAAUGGGAAAUAUCAUGGCCGUGGUUUUUAGCUAGUACUAGAAAUUAUAUAGUGGCUCAAAUAGAUGGUAGGGGAUCCGGUUACCAAGGAAUUAAAAUGAGAAGAGAAGUUCAGCGUAGAAUAGGCCUCAUAGAAGUUCAAGAUCAACUAGCGGUACUGACGUACUUAAGAGAUACUUUCAAGUUUAUAGAUCAUGGUAAGAUAUGCAUAAUAGGAAAAGGUUAUGGUGGUUAUACUGCUGCUAUGAUGUUGCUGCAAGAUUUUCACCAAGUUAUCAAUUGCUCCGUUAGCGUAGCUCCUAUUACGAACUGGAGAUAUUUCAAUUCUUAUUAUGCUGAAAAAUAUUUGGGCUUCCCUUCGCGUCAUUUGCAAGAAUAUGAUAAUGCAGAUUUAACAAUGAAAGCUGCUAAUUUGAACGGUCGUAGAUUCUUACUAAUUCAUGGUACAGCAGAUACGGAAAUAACCUUACAACAUACUCUGAUGCUUGCCAAAGCUUUAAUAGAACAAAAUAUACUCUUCCAACAAUUGGAAUAUCCGGACGAAGGACACAAUUUUAGUAAAAAGGCUUUGCUUCAUAUGUAUAAAGAAAUAGAUUCAUUUUUCAAUGAUUCUUUUGGACCCGUCUACGAAGAAUGGAACGACGAAUCUUCCUUUUUCAUCUAAUUUAGUCUAAACUACCUAUACGUCAUUUUGAUGUCCGCCGAUUACGAAACAAAAUGACCAAUUCGGAGUGGACCUUUUAUACAUUUCUCGAAAUAUCCGGUGACGUCCAAAAUUUGGAAAUCUUUGGACCACGAACGAUAUCAGGAGUUUUAUUCCUUCUAUAACUUAUUUCAAUGUUAAUCAGAGGCUCAUCUAGAAGUUUCAGAUUUUUCCGUAUUUACAAGUAAAAUUUUCGACAAAAAAUAUACAAUUUCGAACUUUUCAAACUUCAUAUAUUAGAGUGUUUUUAAUUUUAUAUAUACGAAUGUUAUUAAGUCGAAUUAUAAAUUUUUAGUGAUGGAUUUUUUCUGCACUAUUCCCUCCACAAAUAUAUAUAAAGUUGUUCAUUUAUGUGAUAAAUGAACAUCUAUUAUCGUCCAUCAAAUAUUGUUUUUUUUUUCGAAAAUUUUACACUUUUGAGUGUUCAGUAACUCUAAUUAUCUGUUGUCGUAAACAAGGAACAUAUUUAAGAUAAAAGUUACGCCAAAUAUCUAGAAAAUUCCUAAAAUUAUAACUUUGUCAACUAUUGAAGUCAAAAUCUACAUCAUCAUUGUUUGGAUUUUUAUUCUAAAAAACUGAUUCCGCAUUUCUCAAAAUUUCCAAAAAAAAAACGACGCAGGGUGGUAAUUACGAAAAAUUAUACUUAUUACUGAUCCUCAACUACGUGUUAUCAUCAUCCAGAAAGUGUUUUUUGAAUCUCCUAUAACAAAAAGAUCUUAUCCUCAUCAGUAAAACACGUUUUAAUGACUGUUACCUCAUUUUCUAUCUUUAAAAGUUGGAAUACCGCAGAUAUCGAUCGCUAGGAUUUAGAUUAAGCAACAAGAUCGAUGAUUUGGCUAAUUAUAGCCUUGUUUUCAAUAAUAAUGGAUAGACUAUAGAAAAGUUUCUAGUAUUUUCGUAGUAAACACCGAGAGAAUCUCAUAUUUCCCAUUGUUUUUUCAUAUUAGCACAAUCAACAAACAUACAACAAAAAAGAAACCAUCUCUAUCAUUAGUUGAAUUAAUCCAGCAGUCCCUAGGUAUUAAGAUAUCACAAAAACAAAAAUUGAGAUUCGGAAGAUCAUAAUCUUAUAUUGAGAUCUUUUAACCAUACAAGACGAAGAAUUUGGUAUUGACCAAAUAUGGUGUGUCUAAAAUGGCUAGAUAUUUCAUAAUGAGCUUUUCUAAGCGAACAGAGUAGAUAGAACAAAUAAAUAGGCAGGUUAUUAUUCGAAAUCAUAUCAUUUGUAAAAUAAAAGUUAUUUUGAUGAAGUUCACAAAAUCGAUGAUAAUAUCAUAAGAAUUAAACUCGCAUUUGCUUAUUUCAAUAGAAGAGAAAUAAGAUAAAUAAAGAAAUCAUCCUUAAAAUAGGCCAAAGAAAGACUUCUUUGGUAAAUGCAUGAAAAAGUUGGGAACCCGUUGGACUAACUCAAUCUAUAGAGAAGGAAAUUAGUAAUCUUGACGACUAAAACGAAAUUUGCUUCAAAAACUUUAUAGCAUUUGAUCGAUAUUCAAAUCUUUUUAUUUUGACUCGUCGAUACUAUUUUUCUCUUUAAUAUUAGUGCUAUACUCCAGACCACACUUCCUAAACUGAACUUCUGUUGCCAAUAUCUUUUAACCAAAUUUUUCUCAUAUACGUUUGAUUUCUAUGAAUGUUAUUUUAACCACGAAAAUUGGUAGUACUGGUACUAUAACAAUAAUUUUUUGUAAUUUCCAAAAGACUUUUAGGUAAGAAAAUAUAUUUUUUUCAAUUCAUCAUUCACCCACUCAUCAUCCAAUCAUUACAUUUAAAAAUAAUACACUUUAACAAAUUUCUCUUUUAUAUUAUCAACUGAAGGACGAAACGAACAAACAAACAAAAAAAUAAUAAUGUCCGUUAUUUGUUCACUUUAAACGAGUACAUGUUUAUAUUUUGUCGAUGACUGUAAUAAUUUAAAAUCUGCAACUAAUUUGUUUACUAUUUUUCAACUGUGAAUUAUUUCUUUGACGUUUAUGGUUAUGAAACCUUGAAAUAAUUGAAGGAAUUUUGAAGAAAAAAAAGUAUGAAAGGAAAAUGUAGUAC